CUAGGCCAGUUUAAAACACAUAUGAAUAAUGGACGAAAGCAGCAUUGAAACUUCUUUGGAACUUUAUAAAAGCCAAUCUGUAUGUUUAGGGUAUGUUCCAUCUACACAACAAGGCUGUUGAUCUUUGCAAUGGCUUUCAACAAGCUUAAGUCUAUAACAGUGAUAUCAGCUUAAUACUUGUGCCAAAGCCGACAAAUGUUCACCUGAAAUUCCCUAGUUGAGUGGCGCUGGAGGUGGGACAAGGUUCCCUCAGCUACCAUCUGCCUCUAUAGAGGUAGCUUGGCUGCCUCCUGAAGGAGAAGGGGGACAAAUACCUAGAAAGGAGGUGUUAAAUCACAGGCUUCAUGUCUCAGGCUCCUGUGCCAUCCUUCACAAUCGUUGCUAGUUCAUGUCUCAGGCUCCUGUGCCAUCCUUCACAAUCGUUGUUAGUUCAGCUUUCCCAAGUAAACCAGGCACUGCAAGCGUCAGGACAGAAUGAUGAUUUAGUGAAGUUGCAGGCCGACCUUCUGGAACUCAUUCAUCUGACGGAAGCAUCGCUGCUGUCAUUGAAGAAAAGCAACUUAUUGAAGUCAUUGGAACAAGAUGAUCAUGUGACCGAGGAAACAACUCAACACAACUCAGAUGAUCUAGAUUCUGAAUAUGCUGCUUUCCAGGCCAUGCUAUCUGAUGAUGUGACCAGUCCAAAUGAAACCCUCACACAGGCAGCAUCAGAUUCACCAGAACAGGAUGCCAUUCCCCUGCAGACUGAUGAUGAGCUGAAAGAAAUGAUAGGGAUGAAGUGUCGUGCUGCCUUUGUACAUGACUGGGGUGCCCUAAGCUACCACAAUGCCAUUAUAUCUGGUGUUGUACCUCGUACAUCCACAGAACUGAUACCGAAGGUAUCAGUGAUGUUCUGCAAUCCGACACACAGAUCCAUGCUGCCUUGUAAAUACCACUUGGAGGGAAACUGUAAAUUUUCUAAUGAGAGAUGCAGAUUUUCUCAUGGUCAUACUGUCGAGUUGGAUGAAUUAAAGGAAUUCCUAGAGCCAGAUUACAGUACCUUGUCGUUAGGAGGUCCUUGCCUUGCUCAGUAUGAAGAUGACCUCUGGUACAAGGCCGUGAUUGUUGAUCUUCAUGACGACCACCAAUACAGUGUUACCAUGGAUACAUAUGAAGGAGUUCACAAGCUUGAUAUAAAACAUAUUAUUCCAUUAGAGCAAGCAGAGGAGAUGAUAGAUGAUGAGGACAAUGAUGCAGGUGAUGAUAAGUCAGCUGUACCCACACCGGAGUUAUCAGAUGAUGAUGAUGAUGAACUUAACCUACCUGUGUAUCUCUGGAAACCACCAACCAUGUCCCAGGCUCUAGGGACAUGGGAGGCUCACACAAAGGGGAUUGGCUCCAAACUGAUGGCCAAGAUGGGGUAUGUCCAUGGUCAGGGCCUCGGGAAAAGAGAGGACGGUCGUGUGGAACCUGUUCCAAUACAGCUCCUGCCCCCAGGAAAAUCAUUAGAUACUAUUAUGCAGCUGAAAGAAAUAGCUGGAGAACAUGACUUAUUUGAUGUUAUGAAGAAAAGAGAAAAGAAACAGAAAGCUCAGGAGAAAAAGCAAGCUCAAGCUUAUGAAGAAAUGAAAACAAAAGACCAGAAUGUGUUUGACUUCAUGAACAGAAAACUGGGAGGGAAGAAAGGAAACUUGAAGGAUCUGGUGCCGCGUCAUCAAAAUAUCAAGGAACCAAGUUCCAGUGGUGUUCAUCGCAAUAUUUCUGAGCAGGACCUCAAUACCAAAUCAGAGAGACACUUGAACAUUCAGUUGAUGAAAACGGACGAAGAAAUUAAAAAUGUGAAAAAGGAAUUAGAGAGGUUGAAAGAAUCUUUAGCGAGAAACGAAUUAAGAGACAAGAAUGUGGCAAGUAGGAUUCGUCAGAAAAUCGCGACGACGGAAGCCUACCUGCAGCGUUUGAUGACGUCAGGCAACGCAAUCCAGCAACACAAACAGAAACGCAAUAACCAUAAAAAACUCACAGUCUUUUAACAGAAAUUCCUCUCUAAAAAAAGUUAGUAAUACUUACAAAAGUCAAACAUUUGGGGAUAGAUUAAAUAAACGAUACAAUAAUUGCCAAUAGAAGGGCUUUUUCAAACGGUUAAACAGAUCAGUACAAAGUUGUAUUAUGCAAUAUUGAUCUUAGUACCAUCGCCGUUCUGCUGUAUUUGUAUGUAACAUUAUAAACGAGGCUACUUAACUGGUGUUUCUGAAGUGUUGUCCUCAUUAUAGAUCAAAUUCACCUAUUUACUUCCUAGUUUGCACAUUCAUGUUAACCAUUCCAGUUUACAUGUGUAUUACAUGGUGAGCCAGUAUUUCGGAUAUAUAUCGACAGCCAUUAUCAAAGGCGGACAUUAAGAAGCAGCAGUAUUGUCCAAAUUGUGGUAUAUUGGUUUCUACAAUUUUAUUUGCCAUUUUCCGUAACUCUAAAAGACAUGCCAAGUGUUAAUGUUAAUAUAUUUUAUUUCAUGAUUUUUCACACAUAAGUGUAAAACAGAUAUAUAUUUUUGACUUGUCUUAAUAAGACCAGAUAGUGGAAAAUGUGAUCUCAAUAUUUAAGACAUUCACUCUAGCAUGUAUGGAUGGAUAUUGAUAUGUCAG